CCCUGCCGCCGCUCGGGAGGUGCCCGCGCCGGGAGCGGAGCGUGGUCACGGUCCGGAGCCGGUUCCCCGCGAGCGCCGAGCGCCGCCCCGCAGCGCGAUGGGUGCCGGGGCACAGCCCGGCUUCGCCUGCCCGCCUGUGGGCAGCGGGAGCGCCCGCGCGGCGCGGGGCAGCUGAACCCCGCGGCGGCGGAGCGGGGAACGGGACGGGUUUGUCGCUGCCUUCCCGGGAACGCCGCGAGUGAGCCCGAGCGGCCGCUGUGGAUUUUACGUUCGCUUCCCCGCAACCCGGGGCCGGUCGGGCGGCUUUCCGGGAAGGAGCCCAGGCGCUGUGCGAUGGAUUGAGCCCGGCCGCGCCCGCAGCACACGCAGGUGCGAUGGGCAAUCGGGGGCUCCGGGGCACCCUCCGCUGCCUGCUGCUCGGCGCGCCGCUGCUGCUCCUCGUCACCGCUACCUUUACCGAAGUUCCCAAAGAUGUGACGGUUAGGGAGGGAGAUGAUAUUGAGAUGCCUUGUGCUUUCCGAGCCAGCGGAUCCACUUCUUACUCCUUGGAAAUCCAGUGGUGGUACCUUAAAGAACCAGCCAGAGAACUUGCACACGAAUUAGCCAUCAGUGUCCCUGGCAGCAGGAGCAAGGUGACAAGUAAGGAUGCGACCAAAAUCAGUACCGUCCGCGUCCAGGGCAACGACAUCUCGCACCGGCUGCGGCUGUCGGGCGUGCGGCGGCAGGACGAGGGCGUCUACCAGUGCCGCGUGGCGGACUACAGCGACGACGAGACGCGGGAGCACCGGGCCCAGGCGCUGCUGCGCGUCCUGUCCCGCUUCGCGCCGCCCGACGUGCAGGCGGCGGAGGCCGUCUCGCACAUCCAGAGCGGGGCGGCCCCGCGGCGGCACGGCCCCAACGACCGCCCCACGCCGCCGCCGCCAGGGCCCGGCAAGCGCCCGGCCCCACGGGAUGGCGCCGCUUCUGCCACCGCCCCGGCCGCCGCAGCUGCCACCUCGGCCUCGCCGGCCCCCGGACAGGCCGCGAUCCUCCGCCAGCAGCACGGGUCAGGUACAGGACCUAUUUAUGCUACAGAUCCACUCCUCUAUAUGGCCCUCUUACUACUGCAUCAGCUUGUACAUUUGUUAGUAAACCACUGAUCGACUGCUUCCUCCAUUCCUCUGCAGCCAAGAACCUAUUUAAACCUGAACAAACUCCUGACAAACAAUACCUACGGUUUUAAAGAUGGACAGAAAGAGACUGCAAGCAGCAUGAUCAGUUCUCUGUAGGGGAUAAACAUAUUUUUGGGGAUGUCACAGAAAAUAAACCACUUAGAAUAAUGCAUCUAGUUUCCAGACUCUCUGGUGUAAAGCCCUGCUCUGUGCAUGGCACUUUUGAUUUCUCUAUUUUAAUGUAAUGUUUUUUCUUUUCUAAACCUUCCCUCUGACUCUUCAUUUUGCACGAACUGUUGAGCAGUUGUUACAAUAUGUAAAGAUGUUGGGUCAAAGCCUUUCCUAAAAAAGGAAAUAUUUUUAGUAGAUUGUUGUGUUUAGGUUUUUUGGAUUUCUUUUUUCUUUUUUUAAUUAAAUUAUUUCUUUUGGAGACAUUUUAAUUAAAAAGGUACAUCUUACCAUAAUUAAUAUUCACUGUCAAUAAUAUUUAUUUUUAAAUGAAGAUGAUUGGAAACAAGGUAAGACAUUUGUUUAUAAACUGUAUUGUAUAUUGCUGGAUAACAGUUGAAUAAAAAGAUUUUGAAAUAAAGUUUCU